UAGAAGCUUCAAUAUCUGAUCUGAUCUUCCAUUAAUUUAAUUUGUAGCAUAAUGAGUGCUCUCCCCACAACACAGGAGAAAACAAUCCCAGAUGCCACCAACUACAAGGGUGCUCCGGCAGAGCGGUCCAAAACCGGUGGAUGGUCUACCUCCGCCAUGAUUCUAGGAGGAGAAGUGAUGGAGAGGAUGACGACACUGGGUAUUGCGGUGAAUUUGGUGACGUACUUGACCGGUACCAUGCACUUGGGAAAUGCUGAAUCUACCAACGUUGUCACUAACUUCUUGGGCACCUCAUUCAUGCUUUGUUUUCUCGGUGGAUUUCUUGCUGAAACCUUUCUCGGAUGGUAUUAUAUAUAG